AUGGCUAUGUUUAGACCGAUUCUACCUCGUGAAUUAGUGCUUAAUGAACGAGCAAGUACUCAAUAUCGCGACUGGUUGCUAGAUCCAAGUAGAAAGACUGUGGCUGUUGUUGUGGGGCGGCCUGGAAUAGGUAAAGAAACUAUGGUGGGAUUGUUUCAUCGACUGCACAACUAUAGUGAGCGGCUCAUUGAUGGGACUGAGUUGCGCGAGGAUACAACUAGGCGAAUAGAAGAGAUGCGUGAGUUAGUGCGUGAGAGGGAUAUGCAUGGACGUAAAUUAGUGGUGGUGUCUCGUGAUUUGGAUGGUCUUUCUUUACAACGCGUCUUGGAAAUUAAGCGGUCUGUUGUGCCUAUUGUAGUGAUUUUGGAUGACUUGCCACGACGACUGGCGGAUAUGAGCCAUGUUGAAGUGAUUAGGUGUUAUCUGGAUAGUUUUCGGGUAAUGCAACGGGCUGAGAAGAUCUGUCAGAAGAAGAAGAUCGUGCUGCCGGAGGUGUUACGGGAGCGAAUUAGAAGUGGGGAGAAGAUUAGGAAGGUUAUUGCUGAGAUUGAUAUUUAUCAGGCGUCUGAAAGAGUACGGUCUGUUGCUCAAGUAGAAACGGGACGAAUGGGCGGUUUAGAGAUAGUUAAGGCUUUGUUAUUUAGUCGGGGUGAUAAAAGGAAGAGAUACAGUGAUGUGGAAACAAUUUGUGAGCGGAACGAUUUGCCGAAUGUUGGUAAUUUACUGUUUGAGAACUACCUUGAGAAGUGUUUGACUUUAGAAGAUGCCUGUCAGAUUGCAGAAACCGUAUCUCUAGCCGAUAGACCGUUCCGAGAAACAAAAACCCUGGCUAUUUACAAGCAGCACCUUAUGCUGUAUAAUGAGCUGGCGGUAAGUUUUAAACUACCACAGAAAGGCAGUACAGUGAGUCGAAAGAAUGGAUUGGUUCCCGGAUGGAUUUAUGGUGGUGUACCGCAGAAUAGUUGGUUCUUUCCGUUCUAUGCUAAAGAACUGGCCGGCCUCUUUGUGCGCAAGAUUAAACAAGCAGCAAUGCCUAGUCGGGUGGAUGCCUACACUAAGAGGGCUUUGCUUGGGUUCUUAUCGGGAGUACGUAAACUGGACCUCUUAGAUGAUCAGACUAUGGAGACGUUAGUUUCGAUUGAAUCGGCAGAACCGGCCGCAGGUCCGACUCGUUUGGCUAUUCCUCGUUAUGUUUAUAAAGAUGGACACUCACACUAUGUCACUCGCGACAUUUUAAUUCAAGAGAUUAUUCAGUUGCACCAUUGA